AUGGAUGAAGGCGCGAGCGUCAUGCACCACUGCAACAAGGUCCUCAACGUCUCCGCCAAGCUUAGCGGCAUCAGUGCGAAGAUGGAAGACGAAGACGUUGCGAUCUGUAUGCUGCUCAUUCUUCCAAAGAGCUACGAAAAUGUGGUGCUCAACAUGGAAAUGAGCAGCGCCGAGCUUCGUACCCAGGAUGUGGCUGAAGAUGCAAGCAAGGCAUUCAGCACCGAACGUGAGCCCUAUCAAUGCACGUAUUGUGGCAAGGAGGGACAUACGGUGGAUCUUUGCUGGACAAAGCAGAAGAACGAAGGUCAAGCAGCCCGACGUGGCGGCAAUGGUCGUGGACGCGGGGCUAAUAACGUCCAGUGGGGACAUUAUGAUGAAGGCAAUGGCUGCGAUCGAGUGGCGUUUGCAGCCGCGUUCGAAUGUGGAGUUUCGACGAGCAAGGACGUGUUUGGAAUGGGGACCGUCGAUAGUAGUGCAACGCACCAUAUUUGCCACAACAAGACCAAGUUUGCAAGCUUGGCAGAGUGCAAUGAAGGCUAA